GCUGGCGUCACACAGACGCUCUCAUCCACGACACCGCCAGAGAAGCAAGCACGCCAGUGGACCUCGGCUAUAUCACUACAGUCUUGUAUGGCACCCCUGUCUGGCAUAAUGAAUCCUGCGCCGGGGUCACAGUCUCACGAAGCCAAACUACAGGAGAGGGAGGACACGGAGAAAGAGGCAACUCAGACGCGCGAGAAAGGCUCUCUCUCGGGAUGUAAGACCAAGGCGUUCAGCCUCCCCUUCAGUGUGGAAUCUUUGAUUUCAGACAGAGGGACAAGCCGGAAUUCAUACUCCUCGACUGAAGCGGGCAUAGUUCUGCCCAAACCUGUCCCAGAGGAUCGUCUUCGACUGUCUCCCAUGGCACUUUACGGCGACAAGGGCUUCCACUCGGAGAGCGUUACUAACCUUUCGGACAGCAAGAAAAGCGAGAUAGAGGAUCUCGCGGAAAAGGGGCAAAGCGGUUGGUUUCAGACGCCGUCCUACACUACUCCUCCACGCCACUCCAGCCCUCCCCCCUGCCCCCUUAGAAAACACAAGAAUAACAGAAAACCGCGCACUCCCUUCACCACGUCCCAGCUGCUGGCUUUGGAGAGAAAGUUUCGUCAAAAACAGUACCUCUCCAUCGCAGAGAGAGCCGAGUUCUCCAACUCCCUCAACCUCACCGAGACUCAGGUGAAAAUAUGGUUCCAAAACAGAAGGGCGAAAGCCAAAAGACUCCAGGAGGCCGAGUUGGAAAAACUAAAACUGGCAACCAAACCGCUCUUACCUGCGUUCGCCUUUCCAUUCCCGCUCGGGACGCACAUAGGCUCGCCAGCCCUCUACGGACAUUCGAAUUCCUUUCACAGACCAUCGCUGCCUGUACCGGGACUCUUCAGUGCACCCGUCACAUAUGGAAUGUACUAUUUGUCUUAAAUAGGGAAAGCUGUCCGGUUCGCUGUGAGUUGUGGGAUAGCCAUUCUGUGUACUGUUGUGUCUUGUCCGUCUAUACGGACGGUAAAAGCAUGCUCUCCCGGGUCUGCUACAUGUUACAAUCCUG